AUGAGCAUCGCAAUGUCUCAGAAAAGGCUUGAAGACAAGGUGGCAAUUGUAACGGGUGGUGCUAGUGGGAUUGGAGCUAGUGCUGUGCAUAUUUUCCAUGAAAAUGGUGCCAAGGUGGUCAUUGCUGAUAUCCAAGACCGCCUGGGCCAAGCCAUAGCUGAUAAGCUUGGGGAAAAUGUUUGCUUCAUCCAUUGCGACGUAUCAAAUGAAGAUGAUAUCUCCAAUCUUGUUGACACCACCGUCUCUAUUUAUGGAAAGCUCGAUAUUAUGUACAAUAAUGCAGGCAUCAUGGACAGACCAGUCGGAGGGAUUGUAGAUGCUAAAAAAUCAGAUCUGGAAAGGAUGUUUGGAGUUAACUUGGUUGGUGCUUUCCUUGGAGCCAAACACGCAGCAAGGGUGAUGAUACCCCACCAUAAAGGUUGUAUACUGUUCACUGCCAGUGCUUGCACUUCAAUUGCAGGGCUUUCAUCUCAUUCCUAUGCCGCUACAAAGUAUGCAAUUCUGGGGUUAGCUAAGAACUUGACGGCUGAAUUGGGGAAAUACGGUAUAAGAGUAAACUGUAUCUCGCCUUACGCCGUGGUAACUAGCGUGCCAGGCAUUACUGAAGAGCAGAGAUCGAAAGUAGAACAAAAACUAAGCAAUAUGGGCAAUCUCAAAGGUGAAAUUCUCAAGCCAGAAUGUGUCGCCAUGGCUGCACUAUACCUGGCUAGUGAUGAAGCAUAUUAUGUGAGUGGACUCAAUCUUCUGGUUGAUGGAGGGUUCAGUGUUGUGAAUCCUACCAUGAUCAAGUUUGCUAACCUUGUUUAG